UUGAAAAGCUUUCACAAUUUUCAUAUUCUUAUUGUAGUGUAUAGAGUCACCACGGCUUUUUAUGGCGUUAUUAUUGAUACCAGAUUAAAUAUUCUUAUCAAUAAAGUUAGUAAAACUAUCUGUGUGCGUAAAACUAGGCAGAAUACCCACUUUAUCAAUUUUAUAUAACCAGUUGUAUGUGAUACUUUAAGUGGCGAACUACUUUAUUCGUUAGAGCUUUCUAUUCAUAGAUAAACAGUUAUACAAUAGGCUAAUAUGUGUCAGCCGUGCAGUAGAAAAGAAUAUCGUUAUACCUAUCCAGCAUGUCGGCUAGCAAAAUACCGAACGUUAAAUUAAACACUGGUGUUUAUAUGCCGGUUAUUGGUUAUGGUGCAUUUAACACAUUUAAGGAAAAUGAAGUACGAGAUGCAGCACGCGUAGCUUUAGAAGUUGGAUAUCGUCAUUUUGAUACAGCCUGGCUAUAUAAAACUGAGGAAGAACUUAGUGACGCGAUCACACAAAAGAUAAAAGAUGGCCUAUUGAAAAGAUCCGAUUUGUUUUUAACAAGCAAGUUAUGGAAUACCCAUCAUCGUCCGGAAUCAGUGGAAGAAAUGUGUCGGGAUUCAUUGACGUCACUACAAACUGAUUAUCUGGAUUUGUAUCUUAUACACUGUCCAGUUGCUGUCAAAGGAAGUUGUAAACAGGGAGAUGCUCUAAAAACAAAGAUGCCUCACGAUGAUGUUGAUUUUAUAGAUACAUGGAAGGCGAUGGAAGAACUGGUGAUUAAAGGAUUAGUUAAAACUAUCGGUGUUUCUAAUUUUAAUAUUCAACAAUUGAAACGACUUUUAUCUGCUGAUAAUCUUAGAUAUAAACCAGCAGUUAAUCAGGUUGAAGUUCAUCCAUAUUAUACUAACAAUGAAUUAUUAGAUUAUUGUAAACAAGAGAAUAUUGUGGUCACUGCUUACGCCCCUCUAGGUAGAGGAAUGUCAAACAGUGCUGAUCAAUUCAAGCCAGCUAACUUACUUGUCGAUAAAACUAUACAAAAAAUAGCGGCUAAAUAUAAUAAGACUGCGGCACAGGUAUUAUUAAGAUGGGGAGUUGAACGAGGAUAUACAUUGAUACCAAAGAGUGUCACACCUGCCAGAAUUAAACAAAAUAUUGAGAUAUUUGACUUCUCGUUGAAUGAAGCAGACGUUGAAACUAUCAGUACCUUAAAUAAAUGGCAUAAAUGUUAUCACUUGGAUCUAUACAGAGACCACCCUGAGUAUCCAUUCUAAAAUGACGGUGUUUACUAUAUUCAAGUAUUUACUUUAUAUAUACUGUUUACUAUUUACUGCCUAAUUUAUUCAUAUAUUUGUCGUUUAUUAUAUUUUAAUAUGUUUGUUUGUGUUAUAUUAAAAUAACAGAACACAGUUUUUAUGGGAUACAAUCACUAGUUUAUU